AGGUGGCACUCUGCUCUGACCCAGAUCAAGGACAGAGAGGGGGGAUUGAGCCCUGCCCCCUAAAGCCACCAUGACUCAGAGACCAGACUCUGGACCUGGACCUGGACCUGGAUCUGACCUGGGUUUAGGGUCUGUUCAGAGACUCAAGGCGUUUUUUGAACACAAUGUUCACAUGCAGCAGUCAGCCGACCACAAGAUUCACCAGCAGGGGGCAGAACUCAGUCAGACCGUAGACAGUCUCAUACGUAGCCAUGACCACGACAAAGACGUCGCCAAAGAUGACACCAAAGACGACGCCAAAGACGACGCCAAAGACGACGCCAGUGCCGGCGACAGAAGGAGGAUCCAUCAACAGGGACCAGACUCUGCCGGACCGGAACCUGGACCCAGCUGUGUGUCCAUGAAGAGUGACAAGUCUAUCGAUCGUUUUAUUAACUUCAAGGAUGGACAAAAACAUGUUCUCAGUGGUCAGUCUGUCCAGCAGCAUGGAGCAGACCUGGACUCCAUAUUUAAGCUGCUGGAGGAGAUCAUCAUCUGCUUUGUGAAGAACGAGCUGAAGAAGAUCCACAAGGUUCUGGAUACAGAUCACACAGAAGUCUCAGAGAGUCAGAGGGAGGAUGAGGAGCAGAGGAGCAGCAGAGAGGCCUUUCUGAAGAUCACAGAGGACUUCUUAAGGAGGAUGAAGCAGGAGAAGCUAGCUGACAAAAUUAGAGCUUCAGCUUGUCGACGUGAACUCAAAUCAAACCUGAAGAAGAAGUUCCAGUGUUUGUUUGAGGGCGUGGCUAAAGCAGGAAACUCCACCCUUCUGAAUGAGAUCUUCACAGAGCUUUACAUCACAGAGGGAGAGACUGGAGAGGUCAAUGAAGAACAUGAGGUCAGACAGAUUGAAAAAGCUUCCUGGAAAUCAGACAGACCAGAAACAUCCAUCAGACAAGAAGACAUCUUUAAAGCCUCAGCUGGAAGAGGCGGACCAAUUAGAAGAGUGAUGACAAAGGGCGUGGCUGGCAUUGGGAAAACAGUGUUAACACAGAAGUUCACUCUGGACUGGGCUGAAGACAAAAGCAACCAGGACGUACAGUUCAUGUUUCCCUUCACCUUCAGAGAGCUGAAUGUGCUGAAAGAGAAGAAGUUCAGUUUGGUGGAACUCAUCCAUCACUUCUUCACUGAAACCAAAGAAGCAGGAAUCUGCAGGUUUGAAGACUUUAAGGUGGUCUUCAUCUUUGAUGGUCUGGACGAGUGUCGACUUCCUCUGGACUUCCACACCACUGAGAUCCUGACUGACGUCACAGCGUCCACCUCAGUGGACGUGCUGCUGACAAACCUUAUCAGGGGGAAACUGCUUCCCUCUGCUCGCCUCUGGAUAACCACACGACCUGCAGCAGCCAGUCAGAUCCCUCCUGACUGUGUGGACAUGGUGACAGAGGUCAGAGGGUUCACGGACCCACAGAAGGAGGACUACUUCAGGAAGAGGUUCAGAGAUGAGGAGCAGGCCAGGAGGAUCAUCUCCCACAUCCAGACAUCACGAAGCCUCCACAUCAUGUGCCACAUCCCAGUCUUCUGCUGGAUCACUGCAACAGUUCUGGAGAACAUGCUGAAAACCAGAGAUGGAGGAGAACUGCCCAAGACCCUGACUGAGAUGUACAUCCACUUCCUGGUGGUUCAGUCCAAAGUGAAGAAGGUCAAAUAUGAUGGAGGAGCUGAGACGGAUCCACACUGGAGUCCAGAGAACAGGAAGAUGAUUGAGUCCCUGGGGAAACUGGCUUUUGAGCAGCUGCAGAAAGGAAACCUGAUCUUCUAUGAAUCAGACCUGACAGAGUGUGGCAUCGAUAUCACAGCAGCUUCAGUUUACUCAGGAGUCUUCACUCAGAUCUUUAAAGAGGAGAGAGGCCUGUACCAGGACAAGGUCUUCUGCUUUGUCCAUCUGAGUGUUCAGGAGUUUCUGGCUGCUCUUCAUGUUCAUCUGACCUUCAUCACCUCUGGAACAAAUCUGUUGUCAGAACCAACAACGAGCCAGUGGUCCAGACUGUUUAGAAACAAACCUGAACUGAAUCAUCUGCACCAGAGUGCUGUGGACGAGGCCUUACUGAGUCCAAAUGGACACCUGGACUUGUCCCUCCGCUUCCUCCUGGGUCUUUCACUGGAGACCAAUCAGAAGCUCUUAAGAAGUCUACUGACACAAACAGGAAGUGGUUCACAGACCAAUCAGAAAACAGUUGAGUACAUCAAGAAGAAGAUCAAUGAGAAACUGUCAGCAGAGAGAAGCAUCAACCUGUUCCACUGUCUGAAUGAACUGAACCAUCGUUCUCUUGUGAAGGAGAUCCAAGAGUCCCUCACAUCAGGACGCCUGUCCACAGAGACACUGUCUCCUGCUCAGUGGUCAGCUCUGGUCUUCAUCUUACUGUCAUCAGGAAAAGAUCUGGAAGAGUUUGACCUGAAGAAAUACUCUGCUUCAGAGGAGGCUCUUCUGAAGCUGCUGCCGGUGGUCAAAGCCUCCAACAAGAGUGAAGCUGCUGUGUGA